CCAGUCAAGGGCUGGCUGCAGAACCCGGAUCUCGGACUUCCACGUUCUCGGGAGCUGGGAGCCGAGAGGCGGCGGGCGGGAAAACCCGGCGCCCGGAAGCCCUUGCUUUCUUUGACGCAAGGGCUCGGGACGCAGCCGCCGUCGGCCGAGCGCCCGGCGAGGAGCGACCCCAGACGGAGCCUCCGGAGUUCCUCCGCCCCCACUUCGCCCGGUCCCGGAGCCUCGGUCCUCCCCGCCGCCCUCCUAGUGGCCAUGGAGUGUCCACACCUGAGCUCCAGCGUCUGCAUCGCUCCGGACUCAGCCAAGUUCCCCAACGGCUCCCCGUCGUCCUGGUGCUGCAGCGUGUGCCGGUCCAACAAAAGCCCCUGGGUCUGUUUGACUUGUUCAAGUGUCCACUGUGGAAGGAUUUGGGGAACCUGAAAAUACUUUGUACAGAUAACUUUUUUUAUAAAAAGAAGAAAAGUAGAAGCACUUAAAUUCUACACUUGAAGAGACAGAUUCCUCUCCUAGAUUUUGAGAGGUAUGUGAAUGGCCAUGCAAAAAAACAUUAUGAAGAUGCACAAAUACCCUUAACCAACCAUAAGAAAUCAGAAAAGCAAGAUAAAGUUCAACAUACAGUUUGUAUGGAUUGCAGUAGCUACAGUACAUACUGUUAUCGCUGUGAUGAUUUUGUGGUUAAUGACACGAAGCUGGGUCUGGUACAGAAAGUCAGAGAACACUUACAGAACUUGGAAAAUUCAGCUUUCACAGCUGACAGGCAUAGGAAAAGGAAACUUUUGGAAAAUUCAUCACUAAACAGCAAAUUAUUAAAAGUAAAUGGAAGCACCACUGCAAUUUGUGCCACAGGCCUUCGGAAUUUGGGGAACACAUGUUUCAUGAAUGCCAUCCUUCAGUCACUCAGUAACAUUGAGCAGUUUUGCUGUUAUUUCAAAGAACUGCCUGCUGUGGAGUUAAGGAAUGGGAAGACAGCAGGAAGGAGAACAUACCACACCAGGAGCCAAGGAGACAACAAUGUGUCUUUGGUAGAAGAGUUUAGAAAAACACUCUGUGCUUUAUGGCAAGGCAGCCAGACUGCAUUUAGCCCAGAGUCCUUAUUUUAUGUUGUUUGGAAGAUUAUGCCGAAUUUUAGGGGCUAUCAGCAGCAGGACGCCCAUGAAUUCAUGCGCUAUCUUUUGGACCACCUACACUUGGAACUUCAGGAUGGUUUCAAUGGUGUUUCCCACUCGGCAAUUCUUCAGGAGAAUUCGACUCUAUCUGCAAGUAACAAAUGUUGCAUAAAUGGAGCAUCUACUGUUGUCACAGCUAUAUUCGGAGGCAUUCUCCAAAAUGAGGUUAACUGCCUCAUAUGUGGGACAGAAUCUAGAAAGUUUGAUCCAUUCCUAGACCUUUCACUAGAUAUUCCAAGUCAGUUCAGAAGUAAGCGCUCUAAGAAUCAAGAAAAUGGACCAGUUUGUUCAUUACGAGAUUGUCUUCGCAGUUUUACUGACUUAGAGGAACUUGAUGAGACAGAAUUAUAUAUGUGCCAUAAAUGCAAAAAGAAACAAAAGUCCACAAAAAAGUUUUGGAUUCAAAAACUUCCCAAGGUGCUAUGCUUACAUUUGAAAAGAUUUCACUGGACAGCAUAUUUAAGAAACAAAGUUGAUACAUAUGUAGAAUUUCCACUGAGAGGCCUAGACAUGAAAUGCUACUUACUAGAGCCUGAGAACAGCGGCCCGGAGAACUGCCUGUACGACCUCGCUGCUGUGGUGGUGCACCAUGGUUCUGGGGUUGGUUCUGGACAUUAUACAGCAUAUGCAACUCACGAAGGCCGCUGGUUCCAUUUCAAUGACAGUACUGUAACACUGACUGAUGAAGAGACCGUGGUGAAGGCAAAGGCCUACAUUCUUUUUUACGUGGAACGCCAGGCCAAAGCUGGAUCAGAUAAACUUUAAUACCUCCUCUAAAUCAUGAUUGAUCAACUGUACCGGACAAACAUUUCCUAUUUUCCACAAAUACUUGAUCCAAGAUUUAAUUUCAUUAUGCACUUUUCAGUUUCCUAUUUUGGGUUUAGUUUUAUCAAUGGUAGUGACUUAUUAAACAUGGGCACCAACUACUUUUGUUGUUGUUCUACCAGAAAACCUCAGCAGACAUUUUGAUUUGCUGCUUUAGUUGUAAUAAUUCAAUUUUUAUAUGUAGUUCCAAGAACUUAGUUCUAUUUGACUUUUUUAUAUUAAUGUUUUCAGUUCUCACUUUGAGGCACAUUUACAUCAAUGCUUUUGUUACUCUCACAUGCUGACAGCAAGAUACGUUCCUGACUGUGAAGAGAGACAUAGCUGCCUGCUGCCUUUUCCGAGCGGUAACGGAGAUCAGGUUGGCUCUAAAUCAAGGAUCAUGUGCUCAUGUAAUUUGUGGCCCACAAGAUUUCACAGUGACCGCUAAGUAAUCAUUCUCUUUGCCUGUUAAAGAUAACUGAGAGGGCAUCAUUAAGUAGUCCAGGUAAUUGCUGCUCUUGGUGUCCCAAGGCUGCUAUGUAUCGGCACUAACUAAAUCAGUCUGUUGGUUCAGUUGUACCUCUACUGCAAAUACAAGAA